AUGGCCGGCCCAGAAUCCAUCAAUCCAAGACCUGUGCCGGAGGCCAUGCAGGCUUCCUCGGAAUCACAAGAUGAGGAUUACUCAAUCUUCUCCAACAAGAUGCGUUUAUACCUGACCUACCUCCUCGGUCUUGUCAUGGUCCUGUCAACAAUCUCUGCUACUAUUUACUUCCCACUUAUUCCAAUGCUCAGCCGGGAGUUCGCAUCCUCUAUCCAGGAUAUCAACCUUACAGUCACCGUGUACGCCGUAUGCCAGGCAGUUGCACCGGCUUUAUUUGCUCCACUCGCCGACUCCCAUGGCCGCCGACCAGUACUACUAUUUCUUGUGGCCCUAUAUGCUUGCGCCAGCUUGGGUCUUGCACUAAACAAGGGGAAUUACGCGACGCUGGCAGUGCUCAGGGCCCUCCAGAGCAUCGGCGCGUCGCCUACAAUCACCAUCGCAUAUGGCGUGGUGGCAGAUGUUGCGGUCGUCGCCGAGCGUGGGUCUAUGCUCGGCCCUGCGCUAGGUACUUGUAAUGGCAUCUCAGCCCUUGGUCCCGUCAUCGGCGGUGCUAUGGCUCUAGGUACGAGCGGUUCCAAGUGGGUUUUUUUGGCCCUCCUGAUCUACUCGGUGCUUUGUUUUUUGCUCGUGGGUAUCUCGCUUCCGGAGACCGCCCGUUCCGUGGCCGGCAACGGAUCCAAGCCUGUCAGUGGCGUCUGGAAGCCGUGGAAAUCUUAUGUGGCUUCCCUCCGAUGUUGCACCGGAGAGAAGAGUGGACAUGAUGGCUCAGGAAAUCAAGACUGCAGUGCUCCUCGCACGGUUCAGGCAAGGAAUCUCGAGCUCGGAGGCAAGCGGCGACUGCUACGGGGCCCACUGGACGCUAUUCUGAUCAUACUCCAUGCGGAUUCCGCUCUGGUUUUGUGGGUUAUUGCAUCAUCGUACACGGUCUACUACAUCUUUCAGGUGGCCGUGCCCGUUGUCUUUUCAGAUAUUUACGGCUACAACUCCCUGGAAAUCGGUCUAUCCAUGCUUCCCGGGCUGGCCGGUAUGACUAUCGGUGGAAUGAUCGCAGGGAAGCUCGUUGACCGCAACUUUGCAGUGACGGCCCGGGCCCACAACGCGGUCAUUGAGCGCAACAGAUUGACCAGCCUGGACGACUUCCCGAUCGAGGCGGCGAGGUACCGACACAUUUUGCCCGUGAUCGCUCUACAAGCCGCACUAGUGGCCGGGUAUGGUUGGGCUGUGCAGUACGGAGCACAUGCCGCGGCUGCCAUGGUCCUCCAGUUUGCUGCGUGUUGCUGCUCGACCAUGCUGAGCCACACGGCGAGCGCGCUGUUGGUCGACAUGUUUCCAGAGCAAUCAAGCACGGCGUAUGCAUCGGGUCAGAUGAUGCGGUGCGGUCUCAGCGCCGCUGCGGCUGCUAUCAUUGACCCAGCGAGUCGCAUGCUCGGUCGGGGAUGGUUCUUCACAGUUGUUUCUCUGUUUAUUGGUACUACCGGAGCUGGAUGCGUGAUCCUGAGUCGGGCCAAGGGCAUGCAGUGGCGACAGCGGAGAACUGGUUAUGCGUAG